UGGGCUACUACAGCGCGCUGGCUCAUCUGAUCUUCACUUCAUAUCUGUGAUGAACUCCGACGGAUAUCACACCGGAAUCCCAUCUCCCCUUCUCUAAACUGAGAUGGAAAAUGCAGUGACAGACAGCAGGGAUGAAGCACAAACAGAUUUCAUCUAUUGCUGUGGAGCCAUCACGGAGGUUCUAAGAUGUGGUCCUCCUGAAUUGCACACUGGACACAAAGUGCUUGUUUUAGUCAUUCCUGGUAAUCCUGGUGUAGUGGGCUUUUACAGGACCUUCAUACAAACGCUUUAUGCUAUGUGUGGCUGCCACCACCCGGUGUGGGCUGUAAGCCAUGCUGGCCACUGCAUGCCACCUGCAUCCAUGGACAUGGUAGAAGAUGCCUCCUCAACUGCUGAUCUGGACACGUUUGGUCUAAACGGUCAGGUAGAACACAAGCUGGGCUUCCUCAGGAAGCAUGUCCCAAAGGAGACAAACCUCAUCCUGGUGGGACACUCCAUUGGCUGCUAUAUCAUUUUGGAGAUAAUGAGGAGAGAUCCAAGUCUCAAGAUUCUGAAAGCUCUCAUGCUGUUCCCAACUAUUGAACGCAUGGCCCUGACUCCCCAGGGGAAGGCCAUUACGCCUGUACUGUGUCAAAUGCGGUACCUCACCUACCUGUCAAUCUUCCUGCUCUCUCUACUGCCUGAGAGACUCAAAAGCUGUCUGGUCAAAAUGGUUCUUGCUGGCAUUGGCUCUCUGGAUCACUCCGUUGUCCAACCGACUGUGGGCCUACUCAGUGGAGACUCUGCAGCUAAUGCUGUGUACAUGGGGGGUCAGGAAAUGAGGAAGGUUUUGGCAAGAGAUAAUAUGACCAUUAAGAGAAACCUUGAAAAGCUUAUAUUUUAUUAUGGAGCAACAGACCACUGGUGUCCUGUACAAUAUUACAAUGAGAUCAAGGAGGACUUCCCAGCAGGAGAUUUCAGACUGUGUGAAAAUGGAUUCCGUCAUGCUUUUGUUUUGGAUGCAGGUAAAGAAGUUGCGAAAAUGAUAGUAGAAUGGAUUCAGACUGAUUUGAGGAUUUGAUAUCUUGUAUGUCUCACUUUUGAGAAUUAUUUGUUAAAUGGCUCAGGAAUUUAAAUGCUAUUUAGUCUAAACGUAAAAAUGACUUUCAACUGUCUAAUUUUUAUGUGGAAAAAAAUGAUGUAUAUAUGUACAUGAUAUACAGCAUAUCUGUAUAUACUGUAUGUGUGUGUUGUAGGAGUGGAACGGUUCACAAAAUCCAUGGUUUGGUUCAUAUAAUUUUUUUUCGUAAUGGGGUUCGGUAUACGUUGACUCUUAAGAAAAUCAAGUAUGACUUGUAUUUUGUAUUAUUUAAAUUAUUUUCAUUAAUCAGAAAUGUCUCUGCUCAUCUAUCUAUGCUAGCCGUGGUUAGCAAAGCAAAUGUAUUUAUAUAGCGCAUUUCAUACACAAGGUAACUCAAUGUGCUUUACAUGAUUAAAAGCAUUUAAAAACAAAGAAAAAAAUCAAAUAAAAAUACAAUUAAAACAGCAUACAUUGCAAGAAAUAUAAUUUAAAAGGGGAAAUGGUCUACAAAGCAUGACAAAAAAAAGUUUUUAACCUGGAAUUACAAACAUUCAGACUUGGGGCUGACGUCACUUCUGUUGGCAACUUAUUCCAUUUGUGUGCAGCAUAAUAGUUAAAUGCUGCUUCACCAUGUUUGCUUUGGACUCUGUGCUCCACUAUUUGACCUGAGUCUGCCGAUCUCAGAGUCUGACUGGAUUUAUAUACCAUUAGCAUUUCAUUCAUGUAUUCAGGACUUAAACCGUUUAGUGAUUUAUAGACCAGUAGCAGAACUUGAAAAUCUAUUCUAAAGCUGACUGGAAGCCAGUGUAGACAAUUUAGAAUUGGAGUAAUAUGGUCUGACUUCUUUGUUCUGGUCAGAACCCGAGCUGCAGCAUUCUGAAUGAGCUGCAGCUGUUUAAUGCUCUUUUUAGGAAGUCCAGUCAGAAGGCUAUUACAAUAAUCAAGUCUACUUGAGAUAUAAUCAUGGAUGAGCUUCUCCUGGUCUGAUUAGCAGAUGCAAGUCCUUCACUCUGGAUACGUUCUACAGAUGGUAGAGGGCAGUUUAAGUAAUUAAUUUGAUAUGACUGUUGAAAGUCAGGUCGGACUCUAUCAGUACACCGAGGUUUGGGACUUGGUUUUUGGUUUUUAAAGAUACUGACUCCGGGUAUUUACUACCAGCAAUUCUCUUUUCUUUAUAGCCAAAAACAAUCAUCUCAGUUUUGUUGUGGUUUAAUUGGAGAAAAUUUUGGCUCAUCCAGAUAUUUAUUUAAUUUCAACAUCUUUAGAGAUGACCAGGUCUAACAUGUGACCUUGAGUAUGGGUUGGACUCUUAAUGUGUCAAGUAUAGCAGAGAGAUCUUUAGAUUUUUUCCCCCAUGUUAUAUAAAUGACAGCUGUUCUGAAAAGUCCUCCAUAAAUGUUCUAAAGAUAUUCAAAAGAGCUAAAAUCACCCGCUGUUCUUACGUUCGUCUGGGGUGUUUAUACCGUUAAUGAAAGGCAGGUACCUGGUGCCAGUUGCUAGUCUCUUUAAGUGCAGUUAUAGUGCAUAAAUAAGCAAGAAAAUAGUAAAAAAAAAAAAAAAAGCACAGAAGAAGAGCGCUGUAUGCCGCUGAAGCGUGAUUGUGAAUCCCAGUCGAGUACAGUACAAGGCAAGGUACAUCCUGCUGCAAGAUGGCUGCUGCAUCGCUGGAAGAGCGUUCUACCUCGUUGACUACUGAAAUGGACCGCAAAUGUGUGAAAAAAAAAAACGCAAACGUGUGCCGCUAACUUGGCGAGCAUUAGCGACACUAUACACCGAACCAAAACAUCAAACCGAACUGUCUGGACUGUUUUCAAAACCGUUCCACCGCUAGGUUUUGGACAUACAAUAAUUGAUUUUCUUAAGAGUCAAUGUAUACCGAACAGAACCGAUAACCGUCGCCAUAAAACCGAGAUGAACCAAUAUGUGAAUUUUGUGAACUGUUCCACCCACCCAAAAAAGUAGUUAUUUAAUUAUUAUUUUUCAUGGGUAAAGACAUACCCCACUGAUUUUCAUUUUGAAAUAAUAAUACAUUUUACUGAUAUGAAUAUUUUAUUUUUUUGCAGUUAUCAUGCAAAAGGUAAUUGUUUCUAAGAAAACAAAAUAGGUGAUACUUUUCACUGUUAAUAGCAAAAUGUCUUUACGGUUAUGUGUUCCAAUUUAAAUUUCAGGAUGUGCAGCUCGUUUUCUAAAUAUACUAAUUCAAUCUUUGGAUUUAUAGGCUCUUUCUCCUGUUGAUUAAUAUGUAUUUUACGUGAAAACUAACACAAAUGCCUCUACAAACGGUUCUCCUCUGUCACUUAAGCUGUCUUUAUUGUUAAUGCCACUGCUGUUGCAAUAAACCAGAGGGAUCUGUGAUAUGAAGUGCCAGGAUGGAGCAGCCAAUUUGCAUUCAAACAAUAACAGUCAGCAAAAUAGAUGGUGUUAUUUCUAACAAAUGUAUGCAUUGGUGAAAGACAAGAGUCAAAUGGGUUUAAUUAGUAGCUAGGAUCAUUCAUGCACUUGAAUCUACAGAGUUUGAAGGGCAACACAUGGAAAUUGUGCAACUCAAAUGGAUGCUAUGAAGCUGUUUGUUUUCAAGAGUCUUUUAUAUAUAUAUACAGUGGGUACGGAAAGUAUUCAGACCACUUAAAUGUUUCACUCUUUGUUAUAUUGCAGCCAUUUGCUAAAAUCAUUCGUUAAUUUUUUUCUCCUCUCAUUAAUAUACACACAGCACCCCAUAUUGA